GGCUCUGCGUGACGUCAGGAAGGUGCGACCGGGCCGGCGCUGGGGGAAGGAGCUGCUGAGGAAUGCCCAAGAAGUUCCAGGGCGAGAACACCAAGUCGGCAGCGGCCCGGGCACGCAGGGCGGAGGCCAAGGCCGCGGCCGAUGCCAAGAAACAGAAGGAGUUGGAGGAUGCUUACUGGAAGGAUGAGGACAAACACGUCAUGAAGAAGGAACAGCGCAAGGAGGAGAAGGAGAAGAGGCGCCUGGAACAGCUGGAGCGGAAGAAGGAGACGCAGCGCCUGCUGGAAGAGGAGGACUCAAAGCUAAAAGGCGGCAAGGCCCCCCGGGUGGCCGCGCCCAGCAAAGUCACCCGUGCGCAGAUCGAGGACACGCUGCGGCGCGACCACCAGCACAAGGAGGCCGCGGACACAGCGUGGCGGAGGAGGCAGCCGACAGGCACCCAGAGCGCCGCAUGCGCGCGGCCUUCACUGCCUUCGAGGAAGCCCAGCUGCCGAGGCUCAAGCAGGAGAACCCCAACAUGCGGCUGUCGCAGCUGAAGCAGCUGCUCAAGAAGGAGUGGCUGCGCUCUCCCGACAACCCCAUGAACCAGCGGGCCGUGCCCUUCAAUGCCCCCAAGUGAGCCCAGAACUGGGGGAGCCGCCCCGUGGGCGGUCCAGGUCACGAUCCCCAAAGGCCCUCCUGCUGCCGAGUCGGCUCAGAGGAUUACAGAGAGGUCCCGGGGACCCAGGCGCCUGUCUCGGGGGCUAUGUGCCAACACCGGCCAACCCUCUUCCAGCCAGAGGGUCCCUGCUCCCAGUGACACCCCCAAACCCCCGAGCACGUGUGUGUAAAGCCCCGGGGCUGAGCGCCCAAUAAAGGUGGUCGGUCCGCAAGGCUGCGGUGAGGCCCAGCGUG